AUGGCUCCAGUCGCUACAACUCCUACUCCCGUGAUCUCCAACCAACCUAUCAAGCCCGUCUAUCCGAAGGAAGAUGCCAAUUUUAAGCUCCCCCCUGCCAACACCCUUAAACGGUAUGAAAAGGCAGGUGUCGACAUUUCUCAGGGUUACCCCUUCUACCCGCCCAAGCCUGAAUUCUUCCAAGAUGUAGCAAAAUUGCAAACCGACCUUCGAGACUACGUUGACCCAGCAACCAGGGCGGACCCUGAGAAGAAGGCUCUUUUCGGAGCCGCGAAGGAAGUUAGAGACCUUUCCAUCCACAUCGGAACUGAGAUUAUUGGCUUGCAACUCUCGGAGCUUACUGACCAACAACGUGAUGAGCUCGCCCUUUUGGUCGCCGAACGCUCCGUUGUCUUUUUCCGUGACCAAGAUCUCUCUCCUCAGUCGCAGAGGGAACUAGGCCUCUAUCUUGGCCAGGGCGAAAUCGAAGUUCAUCCUCAGGUCGCUCAAGUUCCCGGAUUACCGGGCGUCUCCCUCAUCUGGGAACCCGGUCGCAAAGACAAAGAAUACAGGGAGUUCUCGAAGGCCGGUGCAAGAGGCUUUAGGCACGCCUACCCCUCGGGUAGCUAUGGUUGGCACACGGACCUUGUUCACCUGGCUUUCCCUCCGGGCUACACCCAUCUCCACCAGGAUACCGUCCCACCUGUUGGAGGGGACACGCUUUGGGCUUCUGGUUACUCCGCAUACGAUAAGUUCUCCCCGGCGUUCAGGAAGCUUCUUGAUGGCCUCAAUGGCAUCUACCGAUCCGCACACCAGUACAAAGAUGCGAAUGACCCUGAUGCUCCUCCUCGUCAUGUGGAAACUGUACAUCCUUUGGUGCGAACCCACCCUGUGACUGGUUUCAAGACCGUCUUCGCCAACCGCAGCAUGACCGUUGGUAUUGAGGGCUUCGACAAGGCGGAGAGUGAUGCGAUCUUGAACCAUAUUCACGAUGUUUACGAAAGGUCGACGGACAUCCAGAUCAGAUGGCACUGGACUCCCGGAACUUCUGCAAUCUGGGACAACCGUAUCACCAUCCACACGGUUUCUUACGACUACGAAGGAAAACCUGAACGCCACGGCACGCGGGUCAGUUCGCUUGCUGAGAAGCCAUUCUUCGAUCCAUCGUCCAAGUCUAGAAGGGAGGGAUUAAAACUCGGUGAUUGA